GCAAACCGCCGCCGUAUUCAAGCUGUUUCAAACGACUGGAGACUUUUGACAAGACACGAAAGUACAAAAUUCAAAAAUGAAGACCUAUUUCACCGUAUUUGUUGUAGUUUUCGCCAUCUUAAAUUUCGUUCACGACUCCCAAGAAUUCUCUGCUGGUGCUGGUACGGUCACAGGGCGUAGGACUUUUGAUGAGGUAAAUUGUUUCAAAGAAAUUCAACAUAUCCUAAAGCGUUUUGCGUUUUAUUAUUGUAUAUUUUUAUAAUGAAUUUUACACUCAUGCUGCUAGUUUUUAUCAGGAAAUCAAUUUCUCGCCUAUUUAAAAGUAUGGAUUGUCAAGACUGUUAUAUGUCAGUACUUAUGUAACAAUUUGUCGCAUCAGUAGUUUUAAAAUUUUUCAUGAAACACUGAUGCUCCUAAUCCUAUAUUAAUUAAUUUUUAAGAAACAAUUUUAACACAGGCAUAGGAACGAUCGGAGCUAGGCAUCCAUCUAUUAAAAUGUUUUAAUAAAAUUCUGUACAUGACUCACUGAAUUGUAUCUGAUCAUUUUUAUCCAUUAAAUCAAUCGAUAAGAUUCAUAUUUUAUGUUUUAUAGUUAAUAUAAUGUUAUCUAUCUCCGUCAAGCAUUAUUGUUAUAUGUGACUUCUAAUAACUUUUCAAAACUAUGUUCAUGAUUGGGUUGAUAUAUUCUCAAUUUCUCAUACUGAUAGUUUAAACCGUUUUGACACAGAACUUUAAGAUGAGGUAUUACGAAUUUAACUAUAUUAUACACAUUUAUAUUUUAUAUCAAAAUCCUUAUUGAAAAAUUACGCUCCUGCAUGGCGUCCUGGUGUGAAUUGUUCUAGAAGCCCCAGAACAAGAUCCCUGCCAUAUAAUUCAUAAAGUUUGAUGGAGUUUCACACCGGUGGCUCUUUAGCCUCCACUGAUCAUUUUAUCAAAGAUAUCAGAGUUAAAGAUGUUAGAAGCGAAACUAUUGCAGGGUUCGUAGCGGUCUUUGAAAUCCUUGAAAGUCUUUAAAUUGGAAUGCAGGUCUUUGAGGUCUUUGAAAAGUCUUGAAAUUGUGUGAAAAAGCGACGAAAGUCUUUAAAAGUCUUUAAAUUCUUUAGUGAGGAAUUGAUUAUACGAUUUCCUACCCAAUAAAAUAGAUUGAUUGAAGCAAGAUUUUCGCAAAUAUCGACGAAAAUGCGCAUUUUAGGAUGUGAUUUGACGGGACUAAUUACUGGGUAAAAUGUUGCUUACACUCGCAAUUUUUCGACAACUGAUUGCUCUCAAAGGUCUUUGAAAAAGUCUUUGAAAGUCUCAGUUGUCAGAAAAAAUCUAGUUGAAAGUCCUUGAAUUUGUUUGGUCUUGGAGACUACGAACCCUGCAUAGGAUUAUUCAUAAUAGUGUUCAGACACUCUCUGCUUUGAAAUAUUUAUUUUACGAACUUUCGACUUGGCGUCUGUAGUCUUCAAUGGGGUAGUUUACAAUGAAAUAAAUCGAGAUGACAACAGUUUACAAUUACAUAUAUACGGAACAAAAACAUGAGACGAGCUGAGUGAUGAGAAUUGACAGUUACGCCUACAUAAGUGAUUAAUGGGAACUAGAUCCAGCGUUAUGCGGGGAAAAAAUUAUUAACGUUUCUUGAGUAAAAAUCGAUAUUGUUCUGGUAAAUGUUUUGAAUUAUUGUCAGUAUUUCUUGUUGCUGUAGUGUGCCAUACCCAUGCUCUCAGUGUAGAUCUGCAUGUGCCGAUUGUAUAUAUCAAUAUAUGAGAUAUCUAUGAUAUCAAUAUUGUUCCGUUCUCAAAAUCGAUUCUGUGAUUCUUCCAGGCAUGGUUGGCUGCAAUGUUGGUCCCACCCUUGCAUUGUUCAACAUUUUUUUACGUUCCUUUCUUCUGGUGUUGAAUGUUCCGCCCGUCUAGUCGCCAUCUCAAUUUAUUUCAUUGUAAACUACCCGUUGAAGAGUGCAGACGCCAAAUCGACAGCUCGUAAAAUAUAAUUAUAAAUAAAUAUUUCAAACCAGACAGCGUCUGAUCAUGAACACUAUAUUAUAAAGAUAUCAGCGCUGAUCAAAAUUUUUAUCUGAUAGAAAUGGGAAAAAGUAUAAGAUUUGAGCGAUUUCCGGAAAACACGAAUUUAAAUUACCGAGGGAAACGUUAUCUAUUACAAAGCGUGAAUGUUUUACAUGUAAAAUUACUGAUUAUUUUACAAUUACGUGGAAUUGAAACAGCUCACAUAUAAAAGGUCAAUUUCAGAUGUAAAAUAACAUAUGUGUAAUUUUUGUCACUCCCAUUAAAUCCCGUUAUUAAUUUGAACAGUCGGAAACAAUUUUGAUUGAAAAAUUCAAAAGCUCGAUUCAACAUCUGCACGAAUUAAGUGUUUAAAACCCCUUAUUUUUCACCCUGCUCGGUUUCCUUUGUUCUUAUCGGGGAAUAUAUUCAAUAUUCCCCUCUAAUAAUCCCCUCUAAUAUUCACCUGUACUGAGUGUCUUUGCAGCACAAAAAAUGAGAAAAAACAACAUCACGAAGGCAACAUGGCAUUAAGAAUUAUUUCUAUUCUGACUUAUUAACGCGACCUCGCAAUGUGAAAAAUAAGUACGUUAUUUUGAGGCACCUCGUUGCCUCGACAUAACCUAUCCGUAUUUUCUAUAUUACUGUCGAAAUACAAAACAGACAUGCACACAAAUGUCAGUACUGUACUUAUUAAAGAAUCAGCCUAUACGAAAGCCGCAUGCACAAUAUAUUGACAAUCGUUAAUAAUAAAUGAUCGUAUAUUUUCCUUCCUCAAUUAACUCAAAGUCGUGCGAUUAAUUAAUAUAUUGUCUAUUCCGCCCCGUCUGGGAUAAAUAUUUAAUGACCGAUAUGGUUGCGACUUUUAAUAUUUCAGAAUUAAAAGUUGACCUUUUUCAGCCAACAGAUUGAUAUAGAAAUAAUAGAAUAGUCAAAAUGGCACCACAAACAUUUUGUCAAAUGUCAGUGAUCUAUAGCUCUUCCCUUUAAUUAAUUCUACAAUUGCUCAAUUUUUAUGUGUUUUACGUUUGCCCGACCAAACAAAUUAUUGGAGGGCGGAGGGGGGGGGGUGUGCUGCAGUACCUCUCCCCCUUCUCAUAUGCCUCUGGAAUGCGGGUUAGUUGACACGUAACAAGGAAGCACUUUGUAAAUUAGCAGAUCUGGAUGAUAUAGAAAAAUCGUUCUUCUCCGGAGGUAUCCGAGGAAUCAUGUCCACGGAACCCCCAGAUAGACAGCGGAAGAUUUUUUUGUGCGAGAGGGGAGGUAGCCUCCUGCGCAGACGUUGUUAGUGGUGAGCCCCCGGGCCCUCGGCCACUAACAACGUCUGCGCAGGAGGCUAAAGGGGAGGGAUUCAGUAACUUUCAAGAAUUCCACAGCCGAUUCUCUAAUUAAUGAAAUCCAGUGUUGUGUCUGGCGGUGUUUGUGGUAGCCAUAUUUGCCCCUGAUUAUAAAAUUUUGUGGUUUCCUUCGUACUUAUGUCUAUAAAUUUUGUUUUAUAGCGUCUGGCCUACUGCGAAGUUAUGGAAAAUAAAUGCCAAUCUUUGAGGCAGAAAUUGAAGCAAAGUCAAAACAACCGACUUCAACGGAAGUGGUCCAACUCACGUUUCGAAGAAGAUGAUAAGGAGUAACAGAGGACUUCACAAAAACUGAUGAUCAAAAACGAAAAUGGAAAUCUAUUUAUUUUAAGCUUUACGAAAUCGAUACGUCCAGUCGUAUACGAUUCUUAUCCUGGCCAAUGUACUCGAAUACAUGCGUGUAAAGAUGCCACAUUUCAAAGCAUGAAAUUGAUGAACAGGGAAUACUUGGCGUCAGGAGUCGUUUUCAUACGCCAGAAUGAUAAUUGUAUGCGACUAUUCGUAUGCAUGGAACUUAUUUAGGCUAAACUUUUAAUCAUAAUCUUAAUCUGUAGCUGGUGUUGAUAUAAUUAUCUGUAUUAAUAUAUUAGGCGAAUGGCCGAUGCACAUGAAGAGCCAUAAUCUGUAUGAUACUAUAUGCUACCAAUAAUACUAUUUAAGCAGCAUUUGAUAUUCAUGGUUGAAUUAAAAUAUGAUUUUCCGUACAGC